GACAAGAAGGGAGGAAACGGGAGAAUAAAGACAGAAAAAGAGAGAGAGAGAGGGACAGUCACAUCGCUCUCAGGGAACCCUCCUCCAGUCUUGUAAUCUCACACUCGCUCUGCUCUCUCAGGGACUGACACCAUCAUCACCUGAGUGAAGAAAGAAGAACCUGCUUUAAUCAUGGGCUGCUUCACAUUUCUCAAAGUCAUGAUGUUUGUUUUCAACGGCAUCAUCUUUGUGGCGGGGGCAGCCGUCCUGGGGGUGGGGAUCUGGGUGAAGGUGGACAGUGGCUCCAUCCUGGGCUUCAUCCAGGGCAUCAAGGACGCCCCGGAGGGCCUGAACCAGCUGCUCAACGUGGGCUACCUGCUCAUAGCAAUAGGAGCCCUCCUGCUGAUCAUCGGCUUCCUGGGCUGCUGUGGGGCCGUCAGGGAGAGCAGGUGUAUGCUGCUAUUGUUCUUUAUAGUAGUUUUGGUGGUCUUCAUAGCAGAGGUUGCUGGUGCAGUGGUGAUCCUGGUUUUUAAACCAGUGGCAGAAGAGUUGAUCAGCAAGCUGGGCUCUCAAGCAGUUGAUAGCAUAAAAAAGGAUUAUGGAAAAAAUCCAGAUGUCACUGGUCUCUGGAAUGCUACUAUGGAUACGCUAAAGUGCUGUGGAUUCUACAACUCGUCAGACUUUGAUGGCUCUCCUUUUCAAAUGCCCGACAGCAACCGGUACCCACCACAGUGCUGCAAAGACACAACAAGGCCAUGUGGUUCAAAAGAUGCGACCGUGCCUGGCUGUUUCCCAAAAUUCAAGAAAUUGAUUGAUGAGAACUCAGCUGUGAUUGCAGGUGUGGCAUUGGGCAUUGCAGCCCUAGAGAUAUUGGCGAUGGUUUUCUCUAUGACCCUGUACUGUAAAGUCGGCUCUAAGAGCAACUGAGAUCAAGUUACAGCAACUAAUUACAGCAGUGACAGAAGCAUGAUCUUCGGGCCUACUGACACACGUUCUCUGCCUGCAUGAAGCUGAAGAGCCAAGGACCUUAAUGAAGCUUCGUUCAUCUGAGAGUUUCAUCAAAUCUUAGGGAUCAACACAAGAUAUAUUAUGAAAUUCGUUUUUAUGUUUGUUACAGUAUUUAUAUACGUUCUAGUUAUUGACGCUACAACAGGGGCCUUCUGUGCAUUUUCACAUCUGGCACUUUUGUGCAUGCCAGUUGAUUAACAUCACAAACCAAAAAUACAUUACUAGUCAAUAUUGUUGGAAAAUUUCCAAUUUCUUUUUCAUUGUAAUAAUGUAGCUAGAUUGACCGUGGAAUUUAAAAGCUGAUUAAAUUAUUUUUAAGAUUUAUUUUAGCAAUUAACAUUUAAUUGCAACUGUAAAGUUGAUGUUUUUCAAUAAAGCUUUACACUUGUUG